CGUGCAAGAGCAGUAGCGAUUCAGUUCGGUUCAGAGUCGAGUUGAGUGCGCGGCAGCAGUUAGCUGCAGAUCAAUUGCUGAAAUGGACGAGCGUGAACGUGAAGCAAUUAUCAGCGGUCUGGAGAGCGAUGUGCAAAUGCUGAAGGAGCAAGUGCAGAAUCGUGAAAUCGAGCUGAUCAAGUUACAUCGCGAGAUACACAAGCUAAAGAGCGUGCUGCAGCAGACGGUCAACAAGCAGCAGCAGAGCGCAGCGGCUGCAGCAAAAGCGAAGCUCUAUACGCUGCCGGAGCAGAGCACAGAGGUGAGCAGCAGCAAGGAGAAUGCACAGGUGUGCUGCUCUUGUGGCAUGGUGCUGCCGGACAGUGUCGAGUUCAAGAUGGAGGCAUUGGCUUUGGGCUUGCCCGUGGUAGCGCCGCCUAAUGUAGCGUCUGUGGCGGCCACGCCCACGCCCGCUCCCGCAGCAAAGCCCAAAGCGCUGCCUGCAGUUAUUAAGAAGCAAGGUGUCUCCGCAGAAAGCUGCGUGCAGUCGAUGCAACAGAACUACAAUGUACCCAUACCUAAAUACGAAAAGGAUUUCAGCGCCAAGCAGCAGAUUAAGGAUGCCAUAAUGGAUAAUGAUUUUCUGAAGAACAUAGAUGCCUCGCAGGUGCGUGAGCUGGUGGACAGCAUGUACUCCAAGAGCAUAGACGCGGGCGAGUUUGUCAUCUGCGAGGGCGAAGUGGGCGCGCAUCUUUAUGUCUCCGCUGCGGGCGAGUUUGCUGUGAUGCAGCAGGGCAAGGUGCUGGACAAGAUGGGGCCCGGCAAGGCGUUUGGCGAGCUUGCCAUACUCUACAAUUGCACACGCACCGCCUCCAUACGCGUGCUGACGCCUGCGCGGGUGUGGGUGCUGGACAGACGCGUCUUUCAGCAGAUUAUGAUGCGCACCGGGCUGCAGCGCAUAGAGAACAGCGUUAACUUCUUAAAGUCCGUGCCGCUGCUGCGCAAUCUGAGCGUGGAACUGCUGGCCAAGAUUGCCGAUGUGCUGGAGCUGGAAUUCUAUGCAGCGGGCACUUAUAUUAUACGCCAAGGCACAGCGGGCGAUAGCUUCUUUCUCAUCUCACAGGGCGAGGUGCGUGUGACGCAGAAGCUCUCGCCCAGCGCGCUGGAGGAGACGGAGCUACGCACACUGAAGCGUGGCGACUACUUUGGCGAGCAGGCGCUGAUCAACGAGGAUAAGCGCACAGCUAAUAUCAUAGCAUUGCCGCCUGGUGUGGAGUGCCUGAGCCUGGAUCGUGAUAGCUUUAAGCGCUUGAUAGGCGAUCUCUGCGAGCUGAAGGAGAAGGACUAUGGCGAUGAGAGCCGCAUGCUGGCCAUGAAACAGGCUGCGCACAGCCAGGAGCUCUUCGGCGCCAAUGUGCAACAGGAGUAUCCCAAUCUGCGGCUGACUGAUCUGGAGGUGGUCAGCACAUUGGGCAUUGGUGGCUUUGGACGCGUGGAGCUGGUCAAGGCCUACCACGAGCAGCGUGAGGAUAUCUUUGCGCUGAAGUGCCUCAAGAAGCGGCACAUUGUGGACACCAAGCAGGAGCAGCACAUCUACAGCGAACGCACCAUCAUGCUCAGCUCCAAUUGUCCUUUUAUCUGUCGUCUCUAUCGCACUUUUCGCGAUGACAAGUAUGUCUAUAUGCUGCUGGAGGCCUGCAUGGGCGGCGAGAUCUGGACCAUGCUACGUGAUCGCGGCUCCUUCGAGGACAAUGCCGCACAAUUUAUCAUUGGCUGUGUCAUUCAAGCCUUUGAGUAUCUCCACUCCCGCGGCAUUAUCUAUCGCGAUCUCAAGCCGGAGAAUCUGAUGCUGGAUGAACGCGGCUAUGUCAAGCUGGUGGACUUUGGUUUUGCCAAGUAUAUUGGCAACAGCGCCAAGACUUGGACUUUCUGCGGCACGCCCGAGUAUGUGGCACCCGAGAUUAUACUCAACAAAGGCCAUGAUCGCGCUGUCGACUACUGGGCGCUUGGCAUACUGAUCCACGAGCUGCUCAACGGCACUCCGCCGUUCAGUGCUUCGGAUCCUAUGCAGACUUAUAAUAUUAUUCUUAAAGGCAUUGACAUGAUCAGUUUUCCCAAGCACAUCUCACGCUGGGCCGUGCAGCUGAUCAAGCGUCUUUGUCGUGAUAUACCCUCGGAACGAUUGGGCUACCAAACUGGCGGCAUACAGGAUAUUAAAAAGCACAAAUGGUUUUUGGGCUUUGACUGGGAUGGUCUGGCCAGUCAGCUGCUGAUACCGCCUUUUGUACGCCCCAUUGCUCAUCCCACGGAUGUGCGUUACUUUGAUCGCUUUCCAUGUGAUGCCAGUGAGCCGCCGGACGAGCUAUCUGGUUGGGAUGCGGACUUUUAGUUAAUUGUGUUUAAGUUG